UGUUGUGUAUAUAUAUAUAUAUAUAUAUAUCGAUGGGUAGGGAGUCAGUCCGUCCCCAAUGAGCACAUCCAAUUCUCAGCUGGGUUUCUAAUUUCUUCCUCUGUUUUCCUCUGCUCUGCAAACCUUUUCUGUUUCUUAAUUUCGAAGUGGUAGGGGUUUUUCUUCGCUGGGUUUUGGAUUUUGGGUGGUUGCUUUUUGAGCGUGUUGUGUUUGUUGAAUUGACGACGAGAGGGCUAUGGACGGGAAGAAGGAAGUGGGUUCGUCGUCUUCGUUCCCCCCUGAACUUUUCGGCCCCAACCCUAAGGAAUCGCCGCCGCCUUCAUCUUCGUCUGGGCUUUUCACUUCAAUCUUUCCGCCUCCAUCUGAGAUGGUAGGGAGGAAGUCGUCAAGCUCUGAGGUUACGGGAUCAUGGCAAAAGCAGACCUGGGAUUAUGAGAUGGAGCAUGGCAAACAAGCAACUCCAGGGAAUGGCUUACCUGACAAGGGCCAGCAUUCUAUCUUCCAGGAACAUAGAGUAGAGCCAUGCCAUCUCAGUUCCUCUUUGUACUAUGGUGGACAAGACAUCUACUCCCAUUCUCCAAGUACCCAUGACUCUGGUUCGCAAUCUAUAUACAAGAAAGACGAGGGAGAAGAUGACCCGAAUGGAAACAACUCUAACUAUGCUUGUAGAGGAAACUGGUGGCAAGGUAGCUAUAAUUUUUUUUCCCUUAAUGUGCGUACGAGAGUAUUGAUAUAUCAAGGUUUUUGAUGUAAAUUACUGCAUCUCAUUUUUUUUUUUUUGCUUCCGUUCUUGCAGGGUCGCUUUACUACUGAGACCUUGGUGUGUUGCUUGCAAGACCAUGUGACUAGGUUAUAAGGUAUGACGGCAACACGAUCAAUUAAACAAAUGGUUGUUGGCUUUUGUUUCCUAUAUCAGUAUGUUCAGUUUAGAACUGCUGACUAAAUUCAUUUUAGUGUUUUUAAAUCGUGGGGUACAUUGUAAAUGUACUUUAGAGAUGUUUUCUUUAAAAUUUGCUUCCUUCUCAUGCACAUUCGACAUUCUCCUUUUCUUGGGGUGCAUUUGUUUUGCUGGAAUGGGUUUCGUGGAUAAAACCAAAUAGAGAAUUGGAUUAGGCCGACUAUGAUAGUUAUUGCCAAGCAUUAUAAUCGAAUAGAAGUUCUAUUGAUCUUACAAACAACCAUUAAUUUGCUUGAGCAGUAAAUAGUAAGAAAUCUUUCCUCUUUCCAUCCCCUCCUUUUCUUUCAUCCUCCCAAAAAUUAAUUCAGCUAAAUUUUAGCAUUGAAAAUAUUAAAGCAUGUUUCCUUUGAUAAAAAAAUAAAAUAAUUUGCCUUUAAUGUGAAUAAAGUUUCACAUCCCGACAAAUAAAAUCUAAGGUAGCUUUCUUCUCCUUUCAUUUUCUUCUGUAGAUUUUUUGCUUUGAGGGGUAGUGAUAGGGAUGUGAAGCAUUUAAUUUUUGGUGAAAAUCUUAUGAAUAAAUCAUUAAAAACAUUUUUAAUUACGCAAGAAACACAUAAAAUUAAAGCAAAAACAUAUUUUAAGCAUGGCUUCAUUCUUGGUAUAGUGCAUUUACAUUUAAAUUUAUUUAGUUAAAUUUUCGGAUGGCUUUCCUCAAUUCAGAUGUGGCAGGAUUUCCUUCUUGAAGCCAUGGUAGCAGUCUGAAUAGCUUUGUCCAAUAUGGAAGACGACGCAAUAAUUAUCUAGAUAAUGUGCACAUAAGUCAUAGAGGAUAUAUAUAACGACUCCCGUCACAUUUAACUAGUAGAAAUCCUCUACAUGGUGUAAUUUUUCUUUUUCUAAGGAAAAAACAGGUUAAGAGACUGCAGCACAUGUUACUGUUCUCUGCUGGGCUAAAGUUUUUUAAUAUGUAAUCGAGUAAUAUUUCCUUGGUUAGAACAAUGUGCAUAUGUAAUCUUGAAUAAUGUUUCCAUGGCUAGAAAGCUUUGUACAUAACUGGCUGAAAAUAAGUAAUGUUAUGUGGCUUAUGGGCUACUUGUUCU